UAUUAUAUAUAUAAAAAUCUGUGCCUGUCACGUCUGAAGAGAAAUAUCAACUAAUAUAAGCAAGAUUAUAGUGUGUAAGGAAUGAGAAUUAAUUAAUAAUGAUCAAAGUUAUAAGACCUACCUAGCUGCUACUUAACACUAUGAUAAACUCUAAUAUUAUUGGUGGCAUGUCAUCCGUUAUGAGUUGAUCAUUGAGCCUUAUGUUUUUUUUUUAGUCCAUGAUCCCAUUCACAUUCACAUCACUAUUGGCUAUGGCAAGUUUUCUACUGCUAUAAGAGUUGCCAAUUUGAUUGCAAAUUAUUGUGCCACACCAUUAUGGAUAUCAAGCCAAAACCAACGCUCAUACUUGUUCUUUUCCAUUUCUUAAUUAAUUUUAAUAUCCAUUUCUUAUUUGGAGCUGAAACCAUCUCAGCAAAUCAAUCCCUUUCUGGUGAUGAUACCAUUGUAUCUGCUGGUGAGGUCUUUGUGCUGGGAUUUUUCAAACCAGGUAAAACUUCCAACUACUACAUAGGUAUGUGGUACAAGAGGGACCCUUACCAGACCAUAGUUUGGGUGGCAAAUAGGGAACAACCUGUUAUGGAUAGAUUCUCUUCGGAGUUUAGAAUAUCAGGUUCCAAUUUGGUUCUAUUCAAUGAAUCAAAUAUCCCAAUUUGGUCCACAAAUGUGAACUCAACUACUUCUUCAACUACUUCAGUAAAGGCAGUUCUUCAAGACAACGGAAAUCUAGUACUCUUUGAUGAUGGGCUUAGUGAUAAGUCUAAACUUCUUUGGCAAAGUUUUGACUAUCCAACUGAUACAUGGCUUCCUGGAGCUAGUUUGGGGUUUAACAAAAUAACAAAGAGGAAACAAGUUCUGACUUCAUGGAAGAGCCCGGAAGAUCCUGCCCCUGGUGUCUUCACUUUUGAGCUAAACACAAGUGAUGUUUCUUAUAUUAGUAUCUGGAACAGGUCGAGGAGCUUUUGGACCACCGGUUCUUGGAAUGGACAAGACUUUACUUUGGUCCCAGAAACAAAGCGCAAUAGUGUUUGCAAAGUUGAAUAUGUUUCAAACCACAGUGUGAUCACUUUCAACAUGUAUGCUCUUAACUCUACUGCAAUAUCUCAACUUAUGAUACAUUUUUCAGGGCAGCUGAAGCAACUGUUAUGGCUGCCUAAUAAUGGAUGGGAUUCUCUUUGGUCUUUUCCAAGACAACAAUGUCAAGUUUAUGCUUUUUGUGGUGCUUAUGGAAGUUGCAGUGAGAACUCAAUGCCUUUCUGUCAAUGUCUCAAAGGGUUUAAGCCAAAAUCUCAGAAUGAUUGGGAUUUGCAGGAUUACUCUGAAGGCUGCGUGAGAAAGAGUGAAUUGCACUGUGGAAACAAUACCAGCCUUACAAAUGAGAAGAAAGACAGAUUUUUAGAACUGCCAAGCGUGUCAUCACCUGAAGAUGAAGAAUCCAAGAGAGUUGGCAAUGUUGAAGAAUGUGAAUCUAUUUGCUUAAGAAAAUGCUCAUGCAUAGCUUAUGCUUAUGAUAAUAAAGUCUGUUCAAUAUGGACAAGAGAUUUGCUGAAUCUAAAGCAGCUUUCACCAGGUGACACAAAUGGAAGGACUCUCUAUAUUCGACUAGCAGCCUCGGAAUUUCCAAGUCCCAAAAAAAACAAGGGAAAGUUUGUUGGGGUUGUGGUGAGCUUUGCUUUGGUCUUGAUAUCUUUGCUAGGCUGUUUAUUUCUCUCAAUUUUGAGACAGAGAAAGAAUUCAAUGGGAACAGGAACAUCAGUGGGAGGUUCAUUGAUGGUCUUUCGUUAUAGAGAUUUACAAAAUGCAACCAAGAAUUUCUCAAAUAAAUUGGGCGAAGGAGGUUUUGGUUCAGUUUUCAAAGGUAUAUUGUCUGACUCAACUGAAGUAGCUGUGAAGAAGCUUGAAAGUGUUCAUCAAGGAGAGAAACAAUUUAGGACAGAAGUCAGCACAAUUGGCACAAUCCAACAUGUUAAUCUUGUUCGGCUACGUGGGUUCUGUUCUCAGGGAACUAAAAAGUUAUUGGUCUAUGAUUACAUGCCCAAUGGCUCUUUAAAUACCCACCUUUUCUGCGAAAAGGGUUCCAACAUUUUGGACUGGAAAACACGAUUCCAAAUAGCACUUGGGACAGCAAGGGGUUUGGUUUACCUUCAUGACAAGUGUAGAGAGUGCAUCAUACAUUGUGACAUUAAGCCAGAAAACAUUCUUCUUGAUGCAGAAUUCAAUCCUAAAGUUGCAGAUUUUGGACUGGCAAAGCUUGUGAGUAGAGAAUUCAGUCGAGUCCUAACAACCAUAAGAGGGACAAGAGGUUAUCUAGCGCCUGAGUGGAUUUCAGGAGUUGCAAUAACAUUCAAAGCUGAUGUUUACAGCUACGGAAUGGUGCUCUUUGAACUAAUAUCAGGAAAGAGAAACACAGAGAUUUGUGAAGAUGGGAAAGUGAGAUUCUUUGCAAGCCAAGCUGCAAGUCAUAUAGUUAGAGGAGGUGAUGUGCUUAGCCUGUUGGACCCAAGACUGGAUGGAAAUGCAGACAUAGAAGAGCUUAAAAGAGUUUGUGUGGUUGCAUGUUGGUGUAUUCAAGACUGUGAAUUUCAAAGGCCAUCAAUGAGUAGAGUUGUUCAAAUGCUUGAGGGAAUUAUUGAGGUGAAUCUUCCUCCAGUGCCACGCUCUCUAAAACUUGUUGUGGACAGUAACCAGAGCAUAGUUUUCUAUACCGAGUCAUCUUCCAACCAGAGUUCUCAAUCUCAAGUACCUAGCGAUACCUCAUAUGUUUCCUCUUUCGUAGACCAUCAAAUCUCUAUUGUCAACGUUGUAUAAAGCUUAAUCAAAUUAUGGUUUUUUUUUUUUCUUGUUUUCUUCAUAUGGUGUAAUCCUUUUUCUUUUUUCCUUAUGUUUUCUGAUUAAUCACCUUUGCUUUUAGUUAGGUCAAAUUGUGUAAAUUAAAUUUAUAGGUAGAGGUACUUUUGUAUUAUAAGUGUUUUGUGCUUUUAAAAAUAAAUAAACAAGAAAUUUUGAUCUUAC